AUGGCACACGGGGACGGGGAGGAGACCCCUGAAAGGCUUCCUGCUCCAGAGGUGACGGUGAGUUCGCGAACGUUGGGCGGGCGGGAGGUGUGCUUUCAGAUCGGCACUGAGGAGCCGGUGUUGACUGUGAAGAGGCGCGUGGCCAGUGAGCUGCGGGUGCCAGAUUUCACCAUACAGUUGGUGCACCAAGGGGUGACGUUAACGAACGAGACUACGCUGCUCAAGGAGCUCUUAAGAGAGGACGUCACGGACCUCGACAUGGUCAUCGUCCGAAUUCCAGGGCAGUUGCUCGACUACCGCCAGCUCUUGCGCAAGUUCGUUGAAGCGGCAAACUACAGUCGCUUCGAAGAGGCGCGACAGCUGCUCGACGAGGGCGCCGGCUUCGACGCCGAGGGAAACCUGCUGUCGGACUUCGGGAGCAAUGUGCUGCAUGUUGCUGUGAGGGGGAGGCUCAACGAUCUCGCACUGCAUUUGAUCAGUCAGGGUGUGGACCUGGAAAGUUGCAACGAGAACGGCCGAACGCCCCUCGUACAGGCCUGCAUCAAGAACACGCCGGAAGUCAUCACAGCGUUGUUGGCCGCGCGGGCUGACGUCAACAUCAAGGAUUCGGCGGAAAAUUCGGCCGUUUACUACGCUGCCAUGAAGGGGAACGCUUCUGUGGUGCAGCAGCUUAUGGAGGCCGGUGCAGACCCCAGAGAACUGGAGAAGCUUUCCCACCUCCUGGGCUCCAUUGAAGCUGAGAAGCACCGGCACUACGCGCACGAAUGGGCACGGAUACAAUCGGCGAUACAACGGCGAACAGAACAUUGGAAGUGGUGCCUGUGGCAUCAUUCCAGAGAGAAGAUGUUCGCAGUCGUGCGCGUUGUCAUAACACCGUGCAUUCCGUGCUUGCAGCACUACUGCUCAGGCCCUAGGGGAUGA